UUCUAGAUCUAUUCGAAGUUCCUGCUGAGAUCUACUCCUAAUCUCUCUCAUCCUCUUCGUAUUCCAACCAUGGAACCCUCAUACACUGAGUGGGAAUUGUGUUCCAUCGUCUUUGAAACUCUAAUUCCAACCAUGGAAUCCUCAUUCUCUGAGUUUAAAUUGUGUUAUUUCAUCCUUGAAACUCCAGAAUCAGUCGGAGUGAAGGCGACGAUCAGAAUUUCAAACUAGUCACCCUCCGUGCAUGCAUCUAUGGAUGGUGAGCCACUGCACCCUCCUGUGGUUGUGCCCUAUGUCCCUUCCCAUUAUGAGCCCUUCAUUGAAGCCCCCAAGCUUGAAUUUGACACAAGAUUCAAUGUGCCGGACUGGUACCAUGAUUCGUCUAUGAAGGCACUUUUGAAGAUCUUGCUUCCAUUGAUGUUUAAGCAAUGGGGGAGUGGUUCAGGAGAUGAGCAUACCGGGGUGAAGGUGACAAAAAAAGAUUCUGACCAGCCGCCCUCAGUUUAUAUGUCAAUGGAUGGAGACGAAGGGGGGAAUGGUUCAAGAUCUGAGCAUGCCGGAGUUAAGGUGAUAGUAAACAAUUUCGACCUAUCGCCCUCUGUGCAUGUGUCAAUGGAUGGAAUCGAAGGGGCAUUGCAAGCCAAGGAGUACAAAUCUCCCUCAUCUUCUGUAACCCACGACUAUGAUGAUGAUGUCAACUUUGUGCCUGAGUCAGAGGAGGUUGAUGGUGAACCAAUGUACCCCAAAUUGGUUGUGGCCUAAUUUAAACAAGGGAAGUAUUGGUUCCUUCUUUUUACCUUAUACACUUUUUGUCUAUUGUUAUGCUUCUGGUAAUUGUGCACCGUGUGAUGAUUCUGUAUCUGAAUGUGCACUUCUGUGUUUUGAAUCUGUAUUUGUGUCCUUGAUUGAUUACUUCUUAGUAUUGUGAAGUCCAUGGAUUUGUCCCUUGAUUACUAUGAAUUUGAUCUCCCUCCAUUGGUCUAUGACGAAGCUUCUAAUAGUAUUCCCCAAUAGAACUUAGCAUUGCAAAGGCUAUAUAGUGGUUGUAGUCACUCCAAUCACACACGUGUGAGUGUAAAAGAGACAAAAAGACAACCCAAUACUAAAUUCAGGAUUGGUUUUUCAAAAACCAAUGGCUUCAUAUAACUAUACUUGGUCUUCCAAAUGACAUUGUAGUCACUCCAAUCACACACAUGUUAGUCUAGAAGAGAUUCUCUUUGUCCACAUUCUUUUUUGACCAAAAAGUAAAGAGUUUUUAGUACUACCUUUUUUUAGGUCUGUUGAAUGAGCAGAUACUUCAUUUAUUCUUCAAAAAGCAAUGGUACACUUAGUUUACAAAAAACAAUUCCACUUGGUCUUUACAAAAAAGAACAGAUAGUACACUUUUUUUAGGUCUGUUGUAUGAGCAGAUACCUCAUUUCUUCUUCAAAAAGCAAUGCUACUUUGUUUACAAAAAAACAAACCCACUUGGUCUUUACAAUAAAGAACAGAUAGUACACUUAGUUUACGAAAACAAACCCACUUGGUCUUUACAAAAAGAACAUAUACUACACUUGGUCUUUACAAAAAGAAACCCACAUACUAUUACACUUGGUCUUUAGCAAAAGUUAGGCCACAUACUACACUUGGUUUACAAAAAAAGUGGCUAAUUACUACACUUGUUCUUUGCAAAAAAAGGUGGCCACAUACACUUGGUUUUACAAAUACUUAGCCACAUAGUCUUCUUAGUUGUCAUCAUCCAUAACCUGUCCCAUUGCAUCAUCAUCCAACAUCACUGUCCAGUCCACUUCCAACAUGCUCAAAAAGUGUUGGGCUUUGGCUAAUCCCUCAUUCGUAAUGCAAACUGAGAUGGGUAGUUCUCCAUGCCUCAAAAGUGUAUUCUUUCCCACAUGUGGGAUCUUGUAAGCAUUACAACCCAGAACUUUGAUCACUUCCCCUAUAUAGUAUUUGUAAGCUUAGCCACACAAUGUUUGAUAAUUGUAGAUCAAACUCAUAGUAAGACUUCAUCACUGCUUCAACUAGGUCAUUAAUUGUUUUGCACCUCUUUUCUUGCUGCAGAGCUUGAAUAGCCCUAAAGUAUCCCAAGUCCAGAACAUUUAGGUCUGGACUAUUUGGUGGUUGACAUGUUAACUCAAUGUCAAACCCAUCAGACUUGGAUGCCGCUAGAAAAUCAGGAUCAUCACAUGCUAAAUGAGUGAGAGCACAUGCUUGGUAACUAAGGUACCCCUGGGUCUGCUUCUACUACGUCUCCUAACUGGUUCUGUCACUACAAAUGGGAAAAUAUCAAUUUUUCCAUCAAAUGUAACUUCACCAGUUUCUGAAUAUUGUGGCCUAGCAGAGGCAACAAGGAACAUGACUUUCGUUAUAAACUUUAUGGACUGAACAGUCCUAUGUAAGUUAUUCUCCUCAUCUGCAUGAACAUACACUCUUUGUGUGGUUUGAGUCAUGUAAAACAAUUUUUCAUCCACAUGCACAUAAUUAUAGAAGUCUUCAAAUGUAGGUUCCAUAUUAAUGGUACUAGUUUUCAGUUACUUAUACAGAAUUGUAAGCAUUUUACCUUCUUUUCUUUUGACAAGUAAAGCUUAAUUAAUGGAAUUUGUGUGAGCCUUUAUAUUUCCACAUUUGACCAUUCUAUGCACAGUGCUUUUUGACUUCAAAAUAGCCUUUGUCAAUGCUCUGAUAGUUCUUCCUUUACUUGGGGAUACAGCUGAGACCUCUUCCACUGAUAUGUUAAUCUUCUCCCGUCCAUAUAGUUUACCUUUCAUCUUUUUUGAUAUUGAGAUGGCCUUUCCUUCUUGAAUUUGUUUCUUUGUAGAUGCCCAUAGCCUUUGCACAGUUUUUGAGCUUAUGUUGUGUUCUGCUGCCAAUUUCUUCAUCACACCCCUUGUUGGCUUUCCAUUUUUUAUGUGCUGUAAAAGUACUUGAAUCAUGCAUGUUCUUUGUUCAUCAGAAAGCUUGUGUGUUUGUUUUAUUUUUGGUGUGUUGUUUUCUGUUUCAGGUUCAAGAAGGGUGAUUGUGGGAUCUUCCAUUCUUGAAGACAAUGAAAAUGAAGAAAAAGUUGGGUGAUGAGUAGAACAAAACCACCAUAAAUUAAUAGAAAAGAG